AUGCCACCAAAAGAGAAAGUCGAAUCUUCAGAACAGGUCCUGCAGGCCGUCAUUCUCGCCGACAGUUUCGACGAACGCUUCCAGCCCAUCACCCUCGAGACCGCCAGAUGCUUGUUGCCACUGUGCAAUGUGCCCUUAAUCUCGUACACCUUCGAGUUCUUGGCUGUCGCAGGCGUUCAGGAGGUCUUUGUCUUUUGCUGCUCCCAUUCCGACAAGGUCAAGGCCUUUGUCAAGAAAUACGAAAAGUCAUCCAACAUGAAGAUUAAUACGAUCGUGUCGCAGGAGUUGAUGUCGGUCGGAGACGCUAUGAGGGAACUGGACGCCAAGCAGUUGAUCGACACGGACUUUAUUCUCGUCACAGGAGAUGUUGUCUCGAACAUGAAGCUGGAUCGGGUUCUGGAAGAACAUCGUGCUAGGAGACAGGCUGAUAAGAGCGCUAUUAUGACCAUGGUCCUCAAGAAGGCUAGCCCGCAGCACCGGAGUCGUUCGGUCGGAGACGGAUCAUUGUUUGUUUUGGACCAGGGAUCAAAGGAGUGCUUACACUACCAGCCCGUCAAGGCCUUCAAGAGCACCCGCGAGGACAGGCGCAUGACCAUGAACAUGGAAAUCUUUGACAAGCACCCCGAGAUCCAGCUCCGCAACGACUUGAUUGAUUGCCAGGUCGACAUUUGCUCGGUCGAGGUCCCCGCCUUGUUCACAGAGAACUUUGAUUACCAGGAUAUUCGCGCGGAUUUCGUCCACGGUAUCUUAACCUCGGAUCUGUUGGGCAAGACGAUUCAUUUCCAUGAGGUGAGCGAUGUCUAUGCGGCUCGUGUCCGGAGUACGCAGAUGUACGAUGCUGUCAGCAAGGAUAUCAUCUCCCGGUGGACGUUCCCAAUGGUUCCUGAUAGCAAUUUGCAGGUUGGGGAUUGCUAUGAGUACCGACGGGGGUUGGUCUAUAAGGAGAAGAGCGUUGUUUUGUCCAGGACCUGUGUUGUUGAGGAGAAGGUUGUCAUUGGAGCCAACACCCAGAUUGCUGAGAGGGCUGUUCUCUCCAACUGUGUCAUUGGCAAGAACUGUAUCAUCGGCGCGAAUGUCAAGAUUGAUAACGCAUAUAUUUGGGACAACGUCGUAAUCAAGGACAACUGCGUGGUUCAGCAGAGUAUUAUCGCCAACGACGCCGUCUUGGAGCAAGGAGUCACUAUCAGCAAGGGAUGCCUGAUCUCUUUCAAGGUCACGGUCGGUGCCAACACCACGGUACCAGCCUACUCCCGACUCACAGCAUUGGCCGAGGGCAACGAGGACGAUUCGGACGCAGAGUUGAUCUCAGACCCUGCUGUCGUCGGUGCUACUGGACGUGGUCGCUCCUUCACCGAGGCUGAGGGCUCGGACGAUGAGGACGAUGAGGAGGAUCCUAAGAACAAGCAGGUCAGCAUGUUGGCUUUCGAUAUGUCGGAGCUCAAGUUGGCUGCCAAACAGCAGGAGGACUCUGCCUCGGAUUUCGAGUCGGAGGCUUCGGACUUGGAGGAGGACCUUAUCAGUCCUGAGGAGGAGUUGGAUCGUGAGGUCGCGGCUACUUUGGACCGUGCCUUCCAGGACGGUCACGAUGUUGAUAUUGCGGCCUUGGAGUUGAACACUCUUCGUAUGGCGACGUUCUCGAACUUCAAGGAGAUGCGCAAGAGAGUUAUUCCUGGUGUGUUGAAGCACAUUGACCCAGUCGCCAAGGCUGGCAGUGGAAAGACCGCCAAGGAGAUUCUAAGCCGUUGGGGUCCUUUGGUCGGAAAGAUGAUUCACGACGAGGAGGAUCAGGUCGAUGGUGCUCAUGUUCUGCACAGGGUUUGCGCGACUUUGUAUCGUGAUGUGACUCAGGCACAGAAGGUGUUUGCCCCCGCAUUGAGGUACUUUUAUGACGAGGAUAUCCUGGAGGAGGAUGCAAUCCUGGAAUGGUACCAUUCGGAAAAGAGCCAGCAGGGUACCGACAUCGAGAAGAAGCUCCGCGAAGUCGCCGCUCCUAUGAUCCAGUACUUGGAGCAGUCGGAUUCGGAAGAGUCGGACGAUGAGGAUGAUGAGGAGGACGAGGACUCUGAAUAG